UUCGCGCGGAGUGAAAAGGGGAAGAGCCAGCCGUCUCCCCCAUCUUUUCCCCUGGCCCGGGCGGUUCUCGGUGGCCCCAGCAUCGCGUCUCCCACUGGCCUGGGAGGCGCCUCUGUGGAGCGGUGGCCGGGGAGGGGGGCUCGGUGGCUCUCCGAGCGGCCGCUUGGCCCCUGGCCCGUUGGCACGGCGCCCGCCCGACAGGUCCCGCCCCGGCUGGAAUGUAGGGAGCGCCCGCCAGCCUGCGCCCCUGUCCUUGUGCGCCCAGUCCUCUCGUGCGACGGCUCUCCGGUGCGCGUCUCUCUCUUGCCCUCCCGCUGCAGCCAUGGCCGCCUCCUCCGCGCGGCUCACUGUCCUGGCCAUGACCGCGCUGGCGCUACUCCUGCUGCUGUGCCUGGGCCCAGGUGGCGUAAGUGGGAAUAAACUCAAGCUGAUGCUUCAAAAGCAGGAAGCAGCUGCUUCACCUAAGACGAAAGUGGCGGUGGACGAGAACAAGGCCAAAGAAUUCUUAAACAGCCUGAAGCGCCAGAAACGGCAGCUGUGGGACCGGACUCGGCCAGAGGUUCAGCAGUGGUACCAGCAGUUCCUCUAUAUGGGUUUCGAUGAAGCGAAAUUUGAAGAUGACGUCACCUACUGGCUAAACAGAGGUCGGAAUGGGGACGACUACUAUGAUUCUUACCAGCGUCACUAUGACGAGGACUCUGCGAUGAGCCCCUACGACUCCAGGCACGGACCCAUCGGCAACUACCAUGACUACUAACACCCCGUGCAUGCGAACUGGCGCCGAAAGUGCCCCCCACCCCACCCCCUUCACUGCCUCGCACCACGUGGCUUCUGCUGGGCUUUAUUCCAGCAGAUCUUUUCUACCCCCUUUCUGCGACCAGGAAGGGUGAAUUAAAACAAACAAUAUUAAUGCUUUUUGAUAUUUCAUGCAAGUACCUAACAACGCAUUUCAUUAAAAAAUAGAAAUAAAAGCAUUUUGUUA